ACAACUAUUUCUAGAAUGCUGAGUGCGACAAGAGAGAGUGAGUAUAGCGCCACGACUAGGCCGGUAAUUGGUCUUCAAGUCCAAGUCACCAUUGAUCUCACACCAAAAGUUCACUUUAGUAUUGCAAAAAAAUUCUCAUGUGUGGAAAGAAUACAAAUUUAGCGACAUGUGCAAAAAUAGUAAAUUUAGAGUGCUACACUUCGAAUUUGCUAUACCUGGCCAUCUUCUUUGUUUCUUUUGGAAGCUACAAAUGGAGCGCGUUAAUUCGAGUCAUUAGAACGAAGCGUCUUCUAGCUCGGAGCGUUAAUCGAUCUUUAUAGCAUCACAUUGGCUUCGUGCUCUGUGUCCGGACCUGCACGUGUUCCCGGCGGGCGCAGAAACGGACAGAGCCUGACGGAGGCGUCCCGGUCCCGGCCCCAAUCAGUAGGAGGCAGGGCAAAUGCCAUUUCCCUUUCGCUGUUAAUUACUCCAAUCAGUAGCUUGCUGUGUGUGGUUUGAUCCCAGGGGUAGGAAAAGUAUUCGAGGAUGUCACUGUCAGGGAGACUUGACUCGAUAGAGAGAUAGAGUAUAGCGCACCAUUAGGCGUUAAUUUCUCUAUGAGUCCGAUCUCCAGUGAUCUCUUUCAGGCCAAAAGUUCAUUCUAGUAUUGGAAUUUUUUUCCCAAGAUCAUGUGUGUAAAGUACAAAAUUUAGCGACAUGUACAGAAACAACAAAUUUAUAAUAGUGCAAUUACAGUUUGCUAUUUCUUUGCUAUAUUAGGCCAUCUUAUCUGUUUGUUUUUCGAAGCUACAAAUGGAAAUAAUUUCCACGAAAUAUUACAGUACGAUAGUUAAUUUCCACAUAUAUAUAUACGAGGGCACAUACAAGUGACCAGCUGUUUUAGAUUGUUUUCGAAACUUUAAAGUUAGUACUACAUCUUACAAAAAAGCAAGAAACAAGUAAAAAUAAUCUUUCUAAACAUUAGUCAUUUAACUAAGAGAGUGGAUAUUUCUAAGUCGUUUGAUUUUUAAACAAAAAAAUUAAAUCUAAACUGUUGCAUCAGAAUCGUUGGAUUAAGAUAUAUUGCGUAACUGUAAAUGUCAUCUUCACUUCUCAUGCUCUUAAGUGUUGCCGUUUGAUUAAGAUCCAACUACCAAACAAGUCAACUGAUUACUAACUAAAAUUCAGACAAUUACUCUGUAGCAAAACCGUUCAGGGGACCUUUCACUCUCACCUUCCUUUGCUCUGGUUCCAUGUCUAGAUAUAUUUUUUUCUUUAGAGACAUGUCUAGAUAUAUUCCAAGGACGAUGCUGGUCCAUCAAUCAUUAUCAGGUUACCUCACCUGCCCACAGCACACGCACCACCUGUACAAAACACCAGAUAUUGUGACAAACCGCACAGCCAACCAUUCGUUUAGUCAGAGACAUGGUACGCGCGCGUGUGUGUUUUAAGGUGUGACUACGUCUCAAGCACCUGAUAUUUAAAAAAAAAGGAUUAAAUCUUAGUCGAUAGUAUUUGAGCCAUAGGAUUUGUGUCUGGAAACCAUUCCUACACUUUUAUCUCCAUCGUUCAUUCCAAAUCUUGAAGCACAUGGCAGAUCUGACGGUUGAGCAAUCGACUAAUCUCUAACUGAAAACAAGCGAUUUAGAUAUAACAAAACCGUUUUUAUAAAGCCCGCCAGAUUAAUAAACGAAAGAAUUCUUACGCGAAUCACUUAACUUUCCCCUCAACUUUUGACUUAGCGUUUGCCGCAAACACCAAAUCAUCACACUAGACUUGAAUCACUAAAAAAUCUUCGAAAGCGAGCGAAUCGGAUGCCGGCAACCCGGCGGCAACGCCGAUAAUGACGGAUAUAAUAUAGGCAACGCCGAGGAUUAUGCUCAAGUUUUGCACUCUUGUCACGAUGCACCAUUGGGUGGGUGGGUGGGUCAAUGAUGGGGUCACCCAUGUCGUUCACGGGGUCUCAUAUAACCGGGGAAGUGACGAUGCGCAGUUCAGCUAGGAUUUUCCACACUUGAUCACGGAAGAGAGAUCAAUCAAAAGGAAACCGAGGAAUUAGCUGCCUAGCUAGCAAGGCAGGUGGUGAUCGAUGGCGCAAGGGGAGUCCACCGGCGUAGUGGCGAGGCGCGGCGGCGGCGGCAAGCCGCACGCGGUGGUGGUGGUGUACCCGCUGCAGGGCCACAUCAUCCCGGUGACGCACCUGGCGCUGCGGCUGGCGUCGCGGGGCUUCGCCGUGACGUUCGUCAACACGGAGGCCGUGCACGACCAGACGGCGCGCGCGCUCGGCGUCGACCCGGCCGGCUACGACGUCUUCGCCGGCGCGCGCGGCGAGUGGUCGUCCGAGAUGGACGUGCGGUACGAGCUGGUCAGCGACGGGCUCCCCGUGGGGUUCGACCGAUCGCUGCACCACGACGAGUUCAUGGAGGCGCUGUUCAGCGCGCUCUCCGGCCACGUCGAGGCGCUGCUCCGCCGCGUCGUCGUGGACCCGGCGUCCACGUGUCUCGUCGCCGACACCUUCUUCGUGUGGCCGGCCACGCUGGCCAGGAAGUUCGGCAUCGCGUACGUGUCCUUCUGGACGGAGCCCGCGCUCAUCUUCAACCUCUACUACCACGUGCACCUGCUCACCAACAACGGCCACUUCGGAUGCGACGAGCCGCGGAAGGACACCAUCACGUACAUCCCGGGCGUGCCGGCGAUCGAGCCGCGGGAGCUCAUGUCGUACCUGCAGGAGACGGACACGACCACGGUGGUGCACCGCAUCAUCUUCAAGGCGUUCGAGGAGGCGCGCGGGGCCGACUACGUGCUCUGCAACACCGUGGAGGAGCUGGAGCCGUCCACCAUCGCCGCGCUCCGGGCCGAGAAGCCCUUCUACGCCGUGGGCCCGAUCUUCCCGGCGGGCUUCGCGCGCAGCGCAGUCGCCACCUCCAUGUGGGCCGAGUCCGACUGCUCCCACUGGCUGGACGCGCAGCCGCCCGGGUCCGUGCUCUACAUCUCCUUCGGCAGCUACGCGCACGUCACCAAGCAGGAGCUCCACGAGAUCGCGGGCGGGGUCCUGGCCAGCGGCGCGAGGUUCCUGUGGGUGAUGCGCCCCGACAUCGUCAGCUCCGACGACCCUGACCCGCUCCCCGAGGGCUUCGUGGCGGCGUCCGCGGGGCGCGGGCUCGUGGUGCCCUGGUGCUGCCAGGUGGAGGUGCUCUCCCACGCCGCCGUGGGGGCGUUCCUGACGCACUGCGGCUGGAACUCCGUGCUGGAGAGCGUGUGGGCCGGGGUGCCCAUGCUGUGCUUCCCGCUGCUCACCGACCAGUUCACCAACCGGCGCCUGGUGGCGCGCGAGUGGCGCGUCGGCGUGCCCGUCGGGGACCGCGGCGCCGUGUUCGCGGACGAGGUGAGGGCGAGGAUCGAGGGGGUGAUGGCCGGGGAGGAAGGGGAGGAGCUCAGGAAGGCGGUGAAGAAGGUGAGGGCCACGCUCGAGGCCGCCGCCGCGCCUGGCGGGUCGUCGCAGCGGAGUUUCGACCAAUUCGUCGACGAGCUCACUCGCCGUUGCGGCGGACGUUGAGCCGAUCGAAUCGGUCAGAUGCGCCUAUCCACGUCCUGUAUUCUCUCGUGUAAUCUAUGUGCACGUAUAAAUCGGAGACCUAAGUGAAACGUAAGACUCCUACUAUUUCUCUCCAGCAAACUUUCUGUAUCAUGUACUCCGUACUCUUGUAAAAAACAUCCUGCGAAACUCGCACGUCUAUUGAACAAAACGAAAUCAAAUACUCCGUA